AUGUAUGUGACACAUAGUGGUGGUUCAGAAUCAGAAUCACAUAGUGGUGGUUCAGAAUCAGAAUCACUUUAUAGUGGUGGUUCAGAAUCACAUUAUAGUGGUGGUUCAGAAUCACAUUAUAGUGGUGGUUCAGAAUCACAUUAUAGUGGUGGUUCAGAAUCACAUUAUAGUGGUGGUUCAGAAUCACAUUAUAGUGGUGGUUCAGAAUCACAUUAUAGUGGUGGUUCAGAAUCAGAAUCACAUUAUAGUGGUGGUUCAGAAUCAGAAUCACAUUAUAGUGGUGGUUCAGAAUCACAUUAUAGUGGUGGUUCAGAAUCACAUUAUAGUGGUGGUUCAGAAUCAGAAUCACAUUAUAGUGGUGGUUCAGAAUCAGAAUCACAUUAUAGUGGUGGUUCAGAAUCAGAAUCACAUUAUAGUGGUGGUUCAGAAUCAGAAUCACAUUAUAGUGGUGGUUCAGAAUCACAUUAUAGUGGUGGUUCAGAAUCACAUUAUAGUGGUGGUUCAGAAUCAGAAUCACAUUAUAGUGGUGGUUCAGAAUCAGAAUCACAUUAUAGUGGUGGUUCAGAAUCAGAAUCACAUUAUAGUGGUGGUUCAGAAUCAGAAUCACAUUAUAGUGGUGGUUCAGAAUCAGAAUCACAUUAUAGUGGUGGUUCAGAAUCAGAAUCACAUUAUAGUGGUGGUUCAGAAUCAGAAUCACAUUAUAGUGGUGGUUCAGAAUCAGAAUCACAUUAUAGUGGUGGUUCAGAAUCAGAAUCACAUUAUAGUGGUGGUUCAGAAUCAGAAUCACAUUAUAGUGGUGGUUCAGAAUCAGAAUCACAUUAUAGUGGUGGUUCAGAAUCACAUAGUGGUGGUUCAGAAUCAGAAUCAUAUAGUGGUGGUUCAGAAUCAGAAUCACAUUAUAGUGGUGGUUCAGAAUCAGAAUCACAUUAUAGUGGUGGUUCAGAAUCACAUUAUAGUGGUGGUUCAGAAUCAGAAUCACAUUAUAGUGGUGGUUCAGAAUCAGAAUCACAUUAUAGUGGUGGUUCAGAAUCAGAAUCACAUUAUAGUAGUGGUUCAGAAUCAGAAUCACAUUAUAGUGGUGGUUCAGAAUCAGAAUCACAUUAUAGUGGUGGUUCAGAAUCAGAAUCACAUUAUAGUGGUGGUUCAGAAUCAGAAUCACAUUAUAGUGAUGGUUCAGAAUCAGAAUCACAUUAUAGUGGUGGUUCAGAAUCAGAAUCACAUUAUAGUGAUGGUUCAGAAUCAGAAUCACAUUAUAGUGAUGGUGCAGAAUCACAUUAUAGUGGAGGUUCAGAAUCACAUUAUAUUGGUGGUUCAGAAUCAGAAUCACAUUAUAGUGGUGGUUCAGAAUCAGAAUCACAUUAUAGUGGUGGUUCAGAAUCACAUUAUAGUGAUGGUUCAGAAUCAGAAUCACAUUAUAGUGAUGGUUCAGAAUCACAUUAUAGUGGUGGUUCAGAAUCAGAAUCACAUUAUAGUGGUGGUUCAGAAUCAGAAUCACAUUAUAGUGAUGGUUCAGAAUCAGAAUCAACACAUUAUAGUGGUGGUUCAGAAUCACAUUAUAGUGGUGGUUCAGAAUCACAUUAUAGUGGUGGUUCAGAAUCAGAAUCACAUUAUAGUGAUGGUUCAGAAUCAGAAUCACAUUAUAGUGAUGGUUCAGAAUCAGAAUCACAUUAUAGUGGUGGUUCAGAAUCAGAAUCACAUUAUAGUGGUGGUUCAGAAUCAGAAUCACAUUAUAGUGAUGGUUCAGAAUCAGAAUCACAUUAUAGUGAUGGUUCAGAAUCAGAAUCACAUUAUAGUGGUGGUUCAGAAUCAGAAUCACAUUAUAGUGGUGGUUCAGAAUCAGAAUCACAUUAUAGUGGUGGUUCAGAAUCAGAAUCACAUUAUAGUAGUGGUUCAGAAUCAGAAUCACAUUAUAGUGGUGGUUCAGAAUCAGAAUCACCACAUUAUAGUGAUGGUUCAGAAUCACAUUAUAGUGGUGGUUCAGAAUCAGAAUCACAUUAUAGUGAUGGUUCAGAAUCAGAAUCACAUUAUAGUGGUGGUUCAGAAUCAGAAUCAACACAUUAUAGUGAUGGUUCAGAAUCAGAAUCACAUUAUAGUGGUGGUUCAGAAUCAGAAUCACAUUAUAGUGGUGGUUCAGAAUCAGAAUCACAUUAUAGUGGUGGUUCAGAAUCACAUUAUAGUGAUGGUUCAGAAUCAGAAUCACAUUAUAGUGGUGGUUCAGAAUCAGAAUCAAUACAUUAUAGUGAUGGUUCAGAAUCAGAAUCACAUUAUAGUGGUGGUUCAGAAUCAGAAUCACAUUAUAGUGGUGGUUCAGAAUCAGAAUCACAUUAUAGUGGUGGUUCAGAAUCAGAAUCACAUUAUAGUGGUGGUUCAGAAUCAGAAUCACAUUAUAGUGAUGGUUCAGAAUCAGAAUCAACACAUUAUAGUGAUGGUUCAGAAUCAGAAUCAACACAUUAUAGUGAUGGUUCAGAAUCAGAAUCAAUACAUUAUAGUGAUGGUUCAGAAUCAGAAUCAACACAUUAUAGUGAUGGUUCAGAAUCAGAAUCACAUUAUAGUGAUGGUUCAGAAUCAGAAUCACAUUAUAGUGAUGGUUCAGAAUCAGAAUCAACACAUUAUAGUGAUGGUUCAGAAUCAGAAUCACAUUAUAGUAGUGGUUCAGAAUCAGAAUCACAUUAUAGUGGUGGUUCCGAAUCAGAAUCACAUUAUAGUGAUGGUUCAGAAUCACAUUAUAGUGAUGGUUCAGAAUCAGAAUCAAUACAUUAUAGUGAUGGUUCAGAAUCAGAAUCACAUUAUAGUGAUGGUUCAGAAUCAGAAUCACAUUAUAGUGAUGGUUCAGAAUCAGAAUCACAUUAUAGUGAUGGUUCAGAAUCAGAAUCACAUUAUAGUGAUGGUUCAGAAUCAGAAUCACAUUAUAGUGGUGGUUCAGAAUCAGAAUCACAUUAUAGUGGUGGUUCAGAAUCAGAAUCACAUUAUAGUGGUGGUUCAGAAUCAGAAUCACAUUAUAGUGGUGGUUCAGAAUCAGAAUCACAUUAUAGUGGUGGUUCAGAAUCAGAAUCACAUUAUAGUGGUGGUUCAGAAUCACAUUAUAGUGGUGGUUCAGAAUCAGAAUCACAUUAUAGUGGUGGUUCAGAAUCAGAAUCACAUUAUAGUGGUGGUUCAGAAUCAGAAUCACAUUAUAGUGGUGGUUCAGAAUCAGAAUCACAUUAUAGUGGUGGUUCAGAAUCAGAAUCACAUUAUAGUGGUGGUUCAGAAUCAGAAUCACAUUAUAGUGGUGGUUCAGAAUCACAUUAUAGUGGUGGUUCAGAAUCAGAAUCACAUUAUAGUGGUGGUUCAGAAUCAGAAUCACAUUAUAGUAGUGGUUCAGAAUCAGAAUCAUGUUGCUGGGUCUGCAGAGAAACAUGCAACACUAAUAUUUAGUUUGCGUCCCAAAUAGCACCCUAUUCCCUACAUAGUGCACUGCUCAUUAGUAGUUUGCAUUGUAUGGGAUGGGGUGCUUUUGAGAUGAAACGUUGGUCUCUACAGAAUGAUGAAAUCCUGUCAGCCUCUGGCCAGCACAUCAUAUCCCACCUCUCUACAAACACUGGCAAGGAGCCAUCUUCUCCUCUGAUCUGUGAGCACAAAGCCCGUCCUCCAAUACCUCCUCCCACCAGCCUCCCCUGCAAACAACACCCAUACAUCCAACCCUCACAUAAAUCACAUAACAACAACCACUUUAUCUUUUCUCCCGGUUUAAAAUGAGCCAGGUAAUUAAUCCUCUGUGCUUUGACUCCUGUCUCUUUUUUUGACAGAAUUCCCACAACGUACUUUUUUUUUUGUUUUGCCAAUCAUAAUAUUGUACUGUAGCUUGUGUGUGAUGGACCUCAAAGCUGUGAGGACAAAGACUGUGUGGUCUGCUGUGGACCUCGGCUACUGGCAAGCAAGAUAGUGUGUUUAAAAAGCAAACCAAUACAAUGGCUCUCUAAAGGAUAGUUGUAUGUCCAUCAUACAGCUUCAGCUGCCAACAUGGCAGGCAAAGAGAACCAUCUUUUUUUUCUCCAGUAUGAAUCGA